AUGUCCCUCCAGACGACAUACUUGACCGGUGGCAACUGGGCUACACGUCAAGUCAACAUUGGAGAUAUUAUGGCCAGCAAGCAAGGAACUUCAGGUGACGCUACUAGCAAGCCAUCAAGGGCAACCGUUCCAAUUACUGGGGUGCUUUCUCGGACCGUCAUACCCGGCCCUAUGAUCCAAAGAGUAUUACCUGCCCGUAUAAGGCAUCGCGACAAGCAUGAUAUCGUCUUUGUGGGCGAUGAUUUUAUCCAGGUCAAAGAACUCGUCGCUGGUGGCCACUUGGAAGACAUUGCUACUAAAGCAGAUUUUGAUACAAAGAUAUUAGAUGCUAAAGUCAUCGGGUCCAAUGGCGUCACUGCACUAGAUGCGGAAAAGGUACUGGGGGCGGAAUUGGGUGCAUCUGCUAGUAAAUUACUUGAUGAUUCCUGGCAUCGACAGAUUAUUGUUCUGGUUCUAGCUUCCAAGGAACUCCUGUUUCUUUACGGGACCGAAGGACCAUCGGGGAACCCGGAAUUCACCUUCGUCCGACGACCCUUACCAUCAGAUGUUAGCUCUCUCGAACAAUACGGCAGAUAUAUCGCGAUUGAUCCCAGCUCAAGAGCUAUGGCAAUUUCGGCAGCCUAUAAAUUCUUCGGAGUUUUCUCCUUGAAGCUCCCAUCAGUUAUCCGCUCAGAGAUGGAAGAAGGGCCAGUUAAUCCGAUUUGGGAAGAGCGCUUUUUUCGCGCUGAUGGUGACAUAGUGGCCAUAGAUUUUCUCUAUCCAGCUCCUGGAGAUGACGACAGGGUAGUGCUUGUGCUGCUCGUAAAUCAUCUAGCACAAACUCAUUUCGCAUGCUACACUUGGAGAGCUUCUGAAGGUGUUUCAAGGAUCGAGGCCAAGAGACUGAGGUCAAGGAUACCUGCAGAAUGUCGGGUUCCUUCUCUAUUCAUCCCGUUGACGUUUGCGACCUCGUUUCUCCUAGUCAUCCCAGCAGCAAUUUACGUCUUUGAAAUUAAGUUGGCCGACAAUACGGUGUUAACAAAACAAAAUUUGACAGACCCAUAUGGCAGGCAUCCCUUCAUAGCGUGGGUUCGACCUAGGAGGAAUAUUUCCCACCAUGAGAGAGAGGACAAUCUUUACCUAUGUCGCGAGAAUGGUGAGCUCAGUUACUUCACAAUAAAUAUAAGGAAUGCUGAAUGCAGCCGGAUAGAGUCCAUUGGCUGCAACGUCGAUAGAGGCUUUGCCAUCCUCGACUCGGGCUUUGAAGCCGGAGGUGAUAUCCUCAUAGUUGCAGGUUCCAUGGGCGAUGGUGGUCUAUUCGUUUUGGGUGCCAGGAAGAAUUCUCGAUGUCUUCAAAGGAUACCUAAUUGGGCUCCGGUUCUUGACUCCGUUCUCAUAGGGGAUCCAAGCUCACAGACUGUGGAAACCUUCCGAAAUGGAGAUCAAGCAGUGAGUUUUGCGAACGACCGUAUCUUUACAUGCUCGUGGAAUGGCUUGGAUCGAGGAUGGAUUACGGAAUUACGCCAUGGAAUUGAGGCCCGGGCUGGAUUAGUUGUGGAUCAGGAAGACUUCCCAAAUGUCUUGGAUAUAUGGGCCUUUCCCAACCCACAAGCCGAAGCAACGUUUUUCUUGUUCUCGAACCCAAUGUCAUCGUCGGUGAUGUCCAUUCCUCUUGAUGCUGACGAUGAACUGUAUAUGAUGGACGAGGAAGACACCGGUUUUGAUCUGGAUAGGCAAACCAUCGCUGCGGGAAGCUCUCGAGAAGGAGUGUUCUUUCAAAUCACGGAUUCGUCGUUGCACCUAUCUGUUCUUGGGGAUACAACGCUCCGUUACUCAACACAAUGCCAAAACCCGGAUGAGCGUAUUAUUGCUGCUACUGUCAAUGGUAGUUUGUCAUUAUUUGCAAUAGCUCUCAAAACAACAGCGGAUAUUCACGUUCACCUCCGGAAAGUGGCUAUCGAUGACAGCAGCCUCCAAUCUCUCGCUAUUGGGCAACCACUUCCCUUGUCUUGCGAGCCGGUUAGCAUGGCAAUAGAACAGAUAUAUUCACAAUGUGUUCUUUUCAUUGGGACAACUGAUGGGAAUAUUCUAGUCGCGCGGGUAGAUCCUGAGCAAGGUCUCGUGCCCGUACUUGAACAAAUGAUCCUCCUUCCCACGGGCAACGAUGAAUCAAAAGCCUGCGAAAGUCUCAUGGUUAUUAAAACGCCUCAGCGUGGUGGUCGAGUGAAGACAACAUUGUUUUGUGGACUUCGGAGUGGGGUCAUGGUUUCGUUCAAGGUACAGCUUGAUGCAAGUUCCGGAACCAUUGCGUUAGCUCAAAUAGAAGUCCGGAAGAUAGGCAAAACUUUUGUUCGAAUGUGCAGAUAUGAAUCGGACGCAACGUUUGCCAUUGUAACAUGCGGGCGUGGAUUAUGGAAACUAUCUCACGUUGAGGAUGAAGAUUCGGAAGAAUGUGUUCUUCACAAAAUAUGGAUUACGGACCAGAACAAUCUUGCCCGUACGCAACCUCACAUCGAUGUAUUUACCUGUAUCGAUACUCAGUAUGGAUCUACCCCAGGAGGACUUUGGGGUUCGUUAGUCUGUAUCAUGGGAAAUCAGAUGCUAUGCUGCGCUUUAGAAAAGAUGCCCAAAACAGUUACGAGGAAGAUUGCCAUCCCUGGCAUCCCAAAACGGAUAAUUUACUCGAAAUAUUUGAAAAGACUUGUUUUGGGAUACACCACUGUCGAAACAGAAAUGGCAGCAGAGUGCAUUAGGCGUUGGAGACGACCUCGCGUCGAUUUUAUCGACCCGGAUGGGGAAACAGCUUUACCAUCCUCUGCUACUUUAACAAAUGAGCCGGAUAGUGGUUCACCAGAUGCGGGGGCCCCGCCGUGGAGACCAACUGGUGGAUCCGGCGAAGAGAUCACAGGGCUCCUAGAUUGGUGUGUAAUAAACGGUAAAAUUAUGCAUCAUAUGAUUGUUGUCACGACGGCGCAGUCGCUCUCUCCCUUCCAUGGGCGGGUAGUGUAUAUCAUCGCUCGACCCAACGCGCAAAUUCCAAGCCAGAUCGACUCGACAGUGAAACACGUUUUUACCUAUGAUAGACCUGUCAGAUCGAUAGCACCGUUUAAGCCAAGUUCACUAGUACUCGGCGUGGGUCAGGAAGUCAUUUUCCAAACUCUGGAUCCAGUCGCGAAGACAUGGCGGAAACUGCCGAAGUACAUACUUGAAUCCGACGCUGUUGCCAUCAAUGUGCGCGAGCCAUUCAUAUACGUCCUAACGCUGAAGAAUUCACUUUGCAUUCUGAAGGUCACCGACACGGUCCUCACUCUGCACGGCCAAGACGGAUCCGACAGGGAGGGCCUUGACCUCGUGAGCCUGCAGGAUACCUCCGGCAUAACCAUGACAUCCAAUUUAGGCGGCGCCAUCGUCGGGCUAUCUGAAACCAGCCUCACGCGCGACGACAAACUGCUCCGAAAGGUCUUCACAGCACACAUGCCAUUGUCUGUCAUUCGCCUGUCCAGAAGUUCUCGACCACGAGCGGCGGCAGGGACAACACCAAAUAUUCCGGAAAUCGCUUACGGCACGACCAUCGACGGGACUGUGUAUAGGUUCAUGACCCUUUCCGAAAAUCAGUGGCGGCUUUUACGCUUUAUACAGAAUGUCUGCAUGCAGGAUACGUCCAUCUGUCCGCUUACUAAACGCAGCCGGAGAAAAUCCAUUGAUUUGCUGGAGGUUACGGUCUCGAAGCCUGAGUCGCUGCAUGUCAAUGGGGAUAUAUUGGGGAGGUUGACUGAGGGGGGGAUUGGGUUGUUGAGACGGGUUAUGGGGGGGAAGAGGAGAAAUGCGGGUGAUGAUGAGAAGAUGGUUGAGGAUUCCCGGGAGAGACUGAAACUGGAUAAGUUUUUGGAGCUUGCGGGUACAGUUGUGCCAAAUGCUGAGGAUCCGUUUGCGGCUGUUAUGGCGUGGAUGAGCCCAAUGGUGCAAGUCUUCCUGUGA